AUUUAAUACCACUACCUCACCGAUGGGAAGUACACAGAAAUCCAAACCUUUGGCUAUAAAAUAAAGGGUAAGCACCGUUUUUUUAUUAUUCUGGAACAAAACGAAUACUAAAUACAACUCGUGUUUUAUACUAUGUUUAUUAGAGACCUUUAGAUUGAUGUUUACGGCAAACGUCAAACCGCUAGUGAGGUUUUUGAUUUUACAACUCUAUUAUAAUAGCUUUUACACUAAAUUACACCAGUUUUGAAAUAUGUUAAACUUAUUAAACUUGUGCUCUUUAGCAAUGAUUUAAGAAAGCAAAUUAACCACUAGUCAUGCCAUUCACCAAAGCAGUAAAUUAAGAUUUGGCGUUUGAAGUUGACGUUUGGCGUAUAAAUUUCAUGCUUGAACUGCUACGAGGGCUUGUAGUCGUUAAAACAUGAAAUUUAUACGCCAAACAUCAACUUCAAACGCCAAAUCUUAAUUUACUGCUUUGGUGAAUGGCAUGACUAGUGGUUAGGGACCGGUCAUUAUUUAUGAAAGGGGGGGAGGGGAAUUUUUUCUUUCCAAAAUUUUUUAAAUUGAAAGCCCCCCCUUAAGAGAGCAGAAAUUUAAUGAUGACCCCCCUGCAUAUUAGAAUUUUUUUGUUGGAUCCCCCCUCCCCCAUUUUCAUUUUUACUUGUCAAAUGGGAAUACCCAGGCGUUAUAGUGUUACUUAUUAAAUAAGAAUAUGGAACUGACCACUCAGAUAUUAAUGUUGACCAAAAAUAUAUAUUAGCAGAAAAUUAUAAUUAAAAGAGGAGUAUUUUUAUAUAUAACACUAAAAUCAGGUUUCCAUUUGGUCUGGAUGAUUGUUUAACGGCAGAGUAUUAAAGAUGAUGUCCACUCCGUUCUGCACAUCAGUUCUGCUCAUAACAAAGGGGGACCCCCAGAUAUAAACAUUGCCCAAAUUUUGCAUCUUUAACCGUUAUAAUAUUUUAAAAUAACAAAAUUAUUCAAAAAAUAUUAACAAUAUAUGUAAAAAAUAUAUCUCACUUGUUAAUAGAAUUCAUUUGUUGUGUUUCUGAGUCUAGUUGAUGCAAUUGCUUUCCGUUUUUGUUGUAAAAUCAAAAACUUCGCUAGCGGUUUGACGUUUGCGGUAAACGUCAAUCUAAAUGUCUCUAUUAGAGAUAAUAAUAUAAUAUAUACAAUUAAUAACAUAAUAAUAUAAUAUAUAUAAUAAUGAUAAUAAUAUAAUAUAUAUAAUAGGUUUUGUUUGUGGAAACACCACGUAAAUUUAUUACUGCAAAGCUUUCGAUCCGUAAGCCCGGAUCUUCAUCAGUGCUAAUAAUAUGAGAUCUUCAUGAGCCCGGAUCUUCAUCAGUGCUUCAUAUUAUUAGCACUGAUGAAGAUCCGGGCUUACGGAUCGAAAGCUUUGCAGUUGUAAUAAAUUUACGUGGUGUUUCCACAAACAAAACCUAUUAUAUUUUAUCACCAUGCAAACAUACAAAGAACUUAUAAUAUAUAUAAUAAUAUAUACAAUUAUGGGGACGGCUCGUGAGCUCUUCUCGAGCAGAACGUUCUUUCUGUGUCUUAAUUGUUGUAUGCAGAAGAGAAUGAUGCAGCCUGCAUUAAGUUGACUUUCCAGUUUUGAAUUUACUUUUGAGUUUGAAAACAAAUUAAAGAUGCGGUACAGUCCGAUCUGUGCAUGUGCACAAAAGAGCCCUCUGUUUAUUUACAAACAGUUUAUUUAGGUUUUUAUUUCAUUUUAUGUUCUUGCAAAGCUUGAUUGUUGUCUCUUGACAAUUUAUUAUACUCUAGAAUCAUGAAAAUAUAAAUAGUUGUGGAAUAAAAUUCAAUAUUUUGGAUACCGAAAUGUAAACAAAGCCUUUGUUUACAUAUGGACUGUACAGCAUCUUUAAGGUUCCAAAUAAAAGGGGAAAAAGCAUGUUCGAACAUACACUGAUAUCCAUACAGAAGCCCAGAGGCGACAGCAUUUUUUAUUUUAUUUAUAAUUUCUCAUCCCCCUGCCCGCAUUGUUUUUUGGGCAGCCUCCUCGAUGGCCAAUAAUACCAUUUUUGCCAUUGGGUCAUCCCAGAAAAGAUCCACACUUCCCCCACGGAGGAAAUUUCUGCUGUCCGGAGGGGGAGGGGAGACAAAAUUGUUUGUGAUAAUAGUAAAUGAAUUAGGACAUCCGAAGGUGGUAGGGGGGUUAACUUCCAAUUUCCUCCGUGGGGGUGGUAUGGAUGUUUUCUGGAAUUACCCAUUAUCAAAUCAAUUUUUACACAUUCAUAUGCAAAAUACCAUCUCUUUCCUGCCUUAGAUGCUUUUUCGAAGACCAAAUAGCGACACAUUGCUUUACGUUUCAAUAUCGGACCGGAAAUCAAUGAAUUUUUUAAAUUAAACAGAAAAUUGUACGAGCGUUCACAAAGAAGACACUGUAUGUAAUUAGAAUAGUGGUAAUUGCUGCCCGCCCGCAUCAACUUUGGGGACAGCCCUGGAUGAGAAAUUAAUAUGCACCAAAUACUGGCCUAAAACUACUUUUGUAUUUUACAUUUUUGUGUUUUAUAUUUUGUAUUUUUGUGUUUUAUAUUUUGUAUUCUGUGUUUUAUAUUUUGUAUGUUUGUGUUUUAUAUUUUGUAUUUUUGUGUUUUUGGACUUUUUGCUGUGGAGCGAGUGAGCCUGAAGCGAGCGAGCGAAGCAGCAGCCUAAUUUGUGCAGUAGGCAGUAAAAAAGCAGAUUUUUAGCGUCGCAUGGAAUAAUUUGUGGUUGUGCGCAUUUGUAUGCGCUGUUUUCAUAAAUCCGUCUCACCUCACUACACAUGCGCAAUCAGCUCAAAUUUAUCUCAAAUUUAUGAUAUUUUUUAUUGAUUUUCAACCACAGAUUGGGUUAUACAACUAAACAGCAAGUAAAAGGUACGAGAUAUCAACCGAUAUUCUGUUUUUCAAUAAGCACAAGAUUGGCAGUUGUUUGUUGUUUUGCCUGAUUUUUUGGUGUAAUUUGUUUCACUAUAUUAUACACCCUGUAAUAUUAGCGCAUUUGGUGGCUGGAGAUUUGGUUUAUCAUUUUGUGCGACGUGUAACAGACAGUAUUGCAUGUGGCGUGUUUGAAGUAUAUUGUUUAUUGUUUUGCUUGCUUCGAUUUAUAAACUAUUUUUAAUCAGUUUAAGGUUUUAAGAUAGAAAAAAGACCAAUUUACACGUUGUUACUGUUUCAUUUUUAAAGUUCGUCCAAUUUUAUCACAACCUUCUAAGCGUUUUAAAAGAAAGCCAGAAAGUAUAGUAAUAAUAUUUUGUCGUGUCAAUAUUUGUAAGCCAUAAGGCAUGAUCAUUUUUUCUCAAGGGUGCAUGGGUUGACUACAAAAUGUUUGUAGUUCGCUAUAUUAUAGCGAACUACAAAAAUUUUCAGGUAGUCAACCCACCCUUGAUCAAAAAUGAUCAUGCCUUAAACUACAGCUAUACUUCAAAAAUAUGUAGUCAGCUACAACUACUGGAGUACUGCUACUUUUGAACAAAGAUAGUUCGCCACUGAGUACAGCUACUGCAUGCUUAAAAUGUAGCGAACUAUUUCGCUACACGCUAUAUUUUUUAGUUUUACUGUAUUUGGAGGAAUUGGAGCAUAUGACUACUAACUCAGGCUGUAAUGUAUAACCCAUAACAAAUCGACUUACGAGUAUAGCAAUUACAGUAAACACAAAGCAACAUUUUUGUAAGCACUACAGUGUUCGGGAGUGCAAAUUGACUAUUGAGGAUUGAUUUUAAGCAAACCGUUGUCUCGAUAUUUUGCUAUUCUAUCAAGUUCUAGAAUUUUAAAAAGUAGCGAAUAGCGAUUCGCUGUUUGAAAAGUAGUCAACUACAGGGCUGCAAAUAAAUAUUUGACUUGACAGGACAUUUGUCCGAUCACUUUUAAUUUUGGUCGGACAUAACUUGAAUUUGGUCGGACAAAAACCAACACCACUAAAUUAAGAUAUAUAUAGGCUAAGUUACAAGACAAGUAUGUAUAGCCAUUCCGGCGCAACGUGAAAGUAUAAAAUGCUAGAAUGCCUCGUAAAUUUUAUUGCAAAAUGCAAAUUGAGUGAAUUUGCAAUCGAAUUUUGUCACAGCAAAAAAAUGUAUAAUGUGACAAUUUUUUUUGUGAUCUGACCAAUGUCCGUUCAAAAUUACUUUUGCUCGGACAUUUGCCAAAUUUAGUCGGACAUUGUCCGAUGUCCGACAGUAAUUUGCAGCCCUGGUCAACUACUUGGCUAUUUUUAGGCAAAAUGUAGUUCGCUAUAAAUACAGCUACUGUUUUAAAAAAGCAGUCAAAAACUACUGGCUACUUGAAAAUUGUAGUUCGCUGCAGUAGCGAACUACAACUACUUCGCUACUACCCAUGCACCCUUGUUUUUAAUAACAGCUAGAUAGUACAUCAUAAUCAGCCGAGAGCAGUUUUAGUGUAAACUAUUUCUAGUAUUUAACAUAUAAAGCGUGGGCUUUAGUUUAAUGUUAUCCGUAAGAUUGUGCAUUUUACAGUCUAUUAAUUCAAAAAACUUGCGCGUCGGGAACAAAAUUCUAUAGACGCUAAUGUCUAAUUAGUGAAAUUAAUAAAAUUACAUGUUAUUAAAAUCACAUAUGUGCACAGCGCUGUUAUAAUCUAUAAUAUAUCAUAAGCAUAAAUUAUUUAAGACAACUGAUUCGCAUUGUAUACAGUAGCGAAUGCGCUUUCCAACAAGCACACUAAUAUCCCCGUCUUAUCAGUUCUGGAUUCUCCGAUUCCCCAUUCCCUGUUUUAAAGAUAAAACAUCAAAAACGCGGGAUGAUACACUCACAAGACAAAAGUUAAUUUUAUAUGUAAUUCUACUUUGUCUUGAAACCAUGGUUUUCAAAAUUUUCUGUGAAACACGCCAUUGUCUUCCCCUCAUCCGGGUCCUUCUUUAUUUUACACAAUUGGAAGAAAAAGUGAAAAACCCUCAUGUCAGUCAUUCCAUGCCAUUAAUUAAAUAUCAGAACAGUAUUAAAAGUGACAUUUAAAAUAUGCACAACAUAUGCCGUUCCCACUCAUUUUUGACCAGCAACCUUGGCAGACCUGUGUACUUAACAUGUGUAUACAUUAUUUCAGGCUUACUGUCGAAAUGUUUCAAAAUCUCCUGAACAAACGGUAUAUACGUGUCCUUCUUAUCUUCGCAACGAUCGUUCUCAUUGUUGUGGGCUAUAAUUUUUAUAAUAUCAACGUGUUAAGUAUGUACUAUACCCAAAAUGAGAAUCCUUUAUCUUGGGAUGGAGUUCCAACGCACAAAGACACGUUGGUCGAUUGGAAACAGGUCAAUCAAAUGAGGAAACUGCCAAAGUCUGUGGAUUGGUCGAAAAUAAAAAGAAGAACACCACCAAGCAAGGAGGAUAUGCAUGAUAAAUGGAUCGUGGUGACCUCAAUUGCUGCUCCAACGAGUGAUGUCAAGUUGCUCUCCCAGAUUGCAGGAUGGAAACUUUUAGUUGUUGGAGAUAAAAAGACACCAAAAUCUUGGAGGUACUUUUAAACUCCAAAAUAAUGUAGUAGUAUAUCUAAGAGUUAUUUUGCUGCCCCCACCAUAGCCCGCGUGCAGGCCCAAGGGAAGAAUAGUGGGCCUGCAAGCAAGGCCCGGUAUUUUGUACUUUCCGCGUUCGCCCACGAACGCGGCAUUCUGAUUGGCUGUUUGCUGUUGGAUUCUAUAAUUAGAUCACUGAUUCAUCACAAAGGCUCUUGAUAAGCUUAAAUUCGAAAAUUGAUCACUUUUUUCGAUUAUAAAUGCAACAAGAACAGACUGUUUAUUGUUUACUUGAAGGAUGAGAUGUUUUUGCCGCCACUCAGCACAGCAUUUCUACAUUGGUACUACCUACACUGGUACAGACAGAUUUAGUAAAUUGCCCACAUUUGUAUGCAUGGCCGAACAUCCAAACAAUACCUUCAUACACAACAAUAAAGAGACUUUUUUAUUACUGUUAAUUAUUACAUGCUUGUUUGGAUUCUCAUUUAUAUGAGUUUUAAACAAUAGAAACUAAUUAUGGUACCUCGGUGAUCAUACUACAGGGUGAGUAAAUAAAAAACUGACACCUUUGUUAUUCAAAUUAGCCGCGAAGGUAUCAGUUUUUUUUACUCACCCUGUACAGGGCCUGGUGUCCCAAGAAAACCAAAACUAUUGAAUGCCCUAUAGCACUAAACAGAACGCAGAGAUACGUAAAAUAUUGACUGAGUACAUAUGUUAUAAAUAUUGACUUAUUAUAAGAAAUUAAACUAUCUUUGUAAAGCGCAUGCGAUUUUCUGCUCUUGGGAAUUGAAAGCAGCUUCUUAAUAAACAGUUUCUUUACGCAUAAAAUUUACUUGAUGUCAAUCUUUUAUGCACUUGUGGGUCCAGUGCUGAGACAUUCAAAUUCUAACAAUACGUUAUUUCAAUAGUUUUGGGUUUUUUUGGGGACACCCUGUAUUACAAACUAAUAGCAUGACAUGAGGGAGAUUUAUAGUGAUUAAAUGCCUCGAAGGCUCGGGAGGUUUGGAAUUCCACCAUAGAUAUCUUAUAUAUACUAGAUAGCGCAUUUCUUUUAGUAAAAUUGAAGCCAAGAAUAUUCCAGCGGUUACCCCCAUUUGAAUGGAUGGCGGCCAUGUUGGUCGUUCCCACUUGCUAAUAAACGCUUAAAAACAAAAAUAACUUUCAUCAUUUGAAUAGUUUAAAAAUGUAUUUGGAAUAGGGUUAACUUAAUGUUUAAGUUCCCUGUUUAAGAAAUAGAAAACAUACGAAUCUUCUCAUUUCAUGGGAACGACCUGAGACUGCAAUCACAGCUUCAAUUGUUGAAUUGCAGAAUAAUUAGAUGCACUAUCUAGUGUAUAUAAGAUAUUAUAUAAUACCUUAUUGAAUUCUGAUCGUUUAAUUGGCUGAUUAUGGUCACGUGAUAUUGAAUAGAAAAUUCCAUUUCCCGAGAGUGCAAUGGAAUACGUUCCAUUGCACUCUUGCGAGUGCAAUUGUACUAUACGUUUUAUUCCAUUGCACUUCUUUGUGUUUUCGAUAAAUCGCAUCCGUCAAAAUGCUUCUCGUACGGUGAUUGCAGUUUAUUUUAUCCCGAUAUUCGAAACUUAGUUAAUGGGAUUUAAUGCAAAUACGACUCGUCAGAAUGGCGGGAGCUUACAGUAAACCUUUUGAUAUUAGUCUAUUUUGGUAUUAUAUAAAACAAAUAAUGAAUGUUUUUAUUCGUGCAAUGGUAAGAAUAUUUUCAUUCGGUGAAAGAUGGAAUGUUCCAUUCAACUCGGCUGUCGCCUCGUUGAAUGGAACAUUCCAUCUUUCACCGAAUGAAAAUAUUCUUACCAUUGCACGAAUAAAAACAUUCAUUAUUUGUAUAUCUAUGAAUUCCACAAACCUCCCUCGCCUUCGGGGCAUUUGAUCACUAAUCUCCCUCAUGUCAUGCUAUUACUUAUAAUUAUAAACUGAUUGACCUCGAUUAUUUUAUUUCGACAGCCUACCAAAUACAAUAUACCUGAGUGUAGAGAAACAAGUGGAGCUUGGCUAUCGUACUGCACAAGUGAUGCCCUACAGUAACUACGCUCGCAAGACCAUUGGUCACCUUUAUGCAAUACAACAUGGUGCUGAAAUGAUCUACGAAACAGAUGAUGACACCCAUCCAUACAACAACACCAUAAAAUUCUUCCAAGAACAGAAAGGCGACUUUUAUGUCUACAGCACGGAUCGCGACACCGUAAACCCGUACGCGCACUUUGGUCAAGCUUCCAUAUGGCCUAGAGGUUACCCUCUAGAAAACAUAGCCAACCCCCCUGUGUAUACGUUUGUGAAGUGUAAAGAUGCUAGAGCUCUCAUACAGCAGGGGGUGGUGGAUGGUGACCCGGACGUGGAUGCAGUGUUCCGAUUAACCCGUAAGGAUGAUGGUGUGCAACUGGACUUAAGGUUUGACCCUAAGGCUCCACCUAUCUUGAUCCCGCCAGGUGCCUACACGCCCUAUAACUGUCAGAAUACUCUUCAUUUCAAAGAUGCAUUUUGGGGAUUGGUGUUACCCCCCAGUGGUACACUUCGUGUUACUGAUAUUUGGAGAUCAUUCUAUGUACAGCGACUGCUACAAGAAGUCAAUGGCUAUCUUGGUUACUUUGGACCUACUGCUUAUCAGGUGAUUAUAUUUUAUGAUCUACUCAUUUCAUUUUGCAUGAUAUUCUCUGUUUAGGUUGGAAGCCAGAUGUUGGGAGGCAGGUCGUCCAUGGCCGUCUAUUAAAAGGUGGCCGCCGAUGUUCAAAAGUAGCCAUCCUUAGGACGGUCGCGGGUAACAGUACAUGUAACCCGUACAGACGUAAAACCCUGGUCAAACGAGAGUGCAUGAGAGUUCCAAAUCUUGUCAACCCUCAUGCACUCUCGUCAACUUUGGUUCAAAUUUUGAUGAGCGUUUUCGCUCGUAAUAUCUGUAGCCAACUCUAGUGCAACUCGUUUGGCAUAAAUCUGCUCUUUUAGAAAUGCUUCCUCUUAUAUUUUUACCCAACAUCGCAAGGCAGGCUCUCUAUUUCCACAUGCUGGGGCAAAGAACUCCCAAAAUCUGGGGGUUCACGUGACCAGCCGCAACCAAGGUCUUUGCCGUAGCAUGUGGAUGUAAAGAGCGUGGUGUAUGAGGUUUGAGUUGACUGAGUUUCUCACUCAUUGGUGAGUGGAUUUCCCAACAGGCUAUUGCCAAUUGAUAGGGGAUCCGAGGAACCUACGAUUUUAACGUCCUUAUCCGAGAAGACGCGAAAGUCUAACCAUUUACUGGUGUCAUGUAAAGGUAGCACUUUCUCCUCAAUUAUUUUAAGAUCUUGAGUAGAGUUCGGACCAAGGACUGAACCCAGGUCUUCUUGCUUGAAAGGCAAGCGUGAUGAUCAUGCUUUACUAAUACUCUUCUCUAACUUCCAGGUCCGUAAUGCGCACAACUACCUCAGAGAUUUCAUAGACGAAGAAGAGCUGUACUACAAAUCAGGUCGCUACAUCUCCUAUCUUGAGAAAUGGAAUGGAAGAGGUCUGGAUUUCUUUAACCGUAUGCUGAAACUCGCCAUUGACUUGGUGGUGGAAGACAUCUGGAAGCCUAUAGAUGCUGUUGUCGUGGAAGCAUGGAUCGAGGAUUUGGUUAGUUUUGGAUAUGAACCACCCAAGCUGAGUACAACUCCUAAACCGUGCAAGCAUAUCAUCGAAAACGCAAAAGAAAUGAAGUUCCAGCAGCAACCCUCGUCGCAUUUAAGAAUUGGAAAGAAAAUGAAAGAAAUACAGAGCUUAGGUUAAGCUUCGGUCAUGCAACAAUGCUCGCAACGAUGUUAUCCGGUUUCCUGCAGUAACAAUCAGUGAUCAUGUUGCUUGUGAUGUUACUCGAGUGUAUAUCCACACCGGGCAAGCUUGAAAAAUAUGCCUGGCCACGGUGGGAAUCGAACCUACGACCUUUGGAAUACUAGCGGGAUAUACACUCAGAGUAACAUCACAAGCGUCAUAUUCACCCGAGUACAUUGCACCAACACAGAAAAAAUAAUCAGUGAUCAUUGUUAAAAUUGUGGUGUGUUGUAGUCAUAGGUGUAGCAAUUUUUAAUGUCGUCAUGUUAAUUGUAAAAUGUGAUCAUGCUGUAACAAUGUUUUCAUAAGGGGCGGACCAUUUGACGUUUGAGAGGGGGGAGGGGGUGGAAGAUUCAAUCUGUGCAAGAAUUUUUUUCCGCCCAGGCGAACAAGACAGAUAUUUUUUCCUGUAAAAGUGCAGCGCAAGAUAUUUUUUUACCAAUAUAUUUGGCGGCAUGAUCUUUUUUGCCUCUCAUAAUAACGGCUUACAGUAACUGAAGGCUUUCAUAUAGCUAUCAUCAGAGACGUAGCAGGGGUUUUCAGUCAGAGGAGGCCGAGAACUGAAUCCCAAGAGGAGCCAAGGAAUUUUCACUGUGCUUUAUUUUAUAUGGUUAUGUCUUAAUGUUCUCC